UAUAUUGUUAAACGUUAGGGUUGCUUAAACAAAAGCGCAUCAAAAAAAAAAAAAAUAAUAAAAAAAAAAAUAAUAAUAAAAAGAAGAGGGAAAAGUGCCUUGCAUAUGAUCGACUUGUUAAUAAAUUAAGCCUAACUUUAGGGUGUUAAAAAUGUCUGGUUGUGAGUUUAAUAGCCCUGAAUCAAAAAGGCAUAAAGCCGUUCACACAGAUGAGAGCGACGGUACAAAAGGCGAAAAAAAUGCAUGUAGUUUUACGUUCAGCCAAGAGCCAAAUCUUGAAAGUAUUCGAAAACUGCAGGCUGACUUUUGUACAGAAAGAGACUGGGACCAGUUCCACACCCCUCGAAACAUUUUGUUAGCACUUGUUGCAGAGGUUGGUGAACUAGCAGAGAUUUUUCAGUGGAAAGGAGAAGUUAAGGAAGGUUUACCUGAUUUCACCGAUGCUGAGAAGCUGCACGUUGGUCAGGAAAUGAGUGAUGUUCUUGUGUACCUUGUUCGUCUUGCUGACCGCUGCCAGAUUGAUCUACCUACAGCCGUGAUCGCAAAACUGAAACAAAAUGCUAAAAAAUACCCUGUUGACAAGGUGUAUGGUAGAAGUAAUAAAUACACAGACUACAAGUGUAAAGACAACAUGCAGGAAAAACAAUAAUGUGAAAACAAAGGAGGUCAAAAUUCUCCAUUUUGAAAAUGUAGUGUCAACGAGCAUCUGCAUGUCUAUUGAAUUAAAAUAUAUAUCUUAAA